AUGGAGAGUCCCCAUCGCAACCAGCAGAGGAAGUCUCUCCAGCGAAACAGCCAUCCAUGCGACUUCUGCCGCUACAAGCGCGCCGCCUGCCUGCUGCACGGCCCGCCGCCCUGCGAGCUUUGCAGGCGGCAGGGCAAGGACUGCACCUUCAUCGGGGAACCCAAUAAGAGGAGGCGGAUCUCGGAACGGCGCCGGAGCAACUCUAGCGAUGUCCUUGUCUCGAGUCGCCAGAGCCAGACUCCCUCAGACACUGGCAUGACAUCCCCUUUCUCAGAGACAGGCUCGCCCACGAACCAAGUGAACUUGAGCCAGGAUGUGGCAGACUCAACAACCAAUCCCGUUUCACCGCACGCCCGGCAUCAUUCAACCAGUCCACGACAACAAGUUGCACCUAUGCCAUCGUCGUUGGAUGCAACCCCUGGUCAUAAUGCCCAGGUGAUUGGAUUGAGCGGCGAGUCAGACCCAUACCUGCUUCAUCUGUAUCGCUUUGACGACAAGAAUGAGUGCGCCUUUCAGCAGCUUCACAUCAGAGACAUGGGCUUGGACGAUGGAGUGCCCACCCAGUUCAUGCUGCAAAGGAACUCGCUGGCGAGCAAGGCCCAGCCAGGAGGCCUUCCGGGUAGCGAAUCAGACCUUCGAUCCGAUGUCGCGCAAAUGAUUUCAGACGAGGUGGGCAAGAGGCUGAUCAGCUUAUUUUGGAGAUACGUCCAGCCAUAUUUCCCGGUUCUCUCUAGAGAACACACAAUCCAAGGAAUCGACAGCGAGCCAUCGGCAUUGCCGACGUGCCUGCUGGCGGCUAUAUAUGGCCACGCCUUGCCGUUCUGUGUCUUUGACGACAAGCUUUGUGUAGACGUCGACAUACUGCCUUCGGCAGAUCACUUGUUCAAGCUCGCCUGGAUGGCAGCCCUCGCCCAGUUCCACACCCCUUCGCUCGCCGUCGUGCAGACGAUGCUCCUCAUGAUCCAGCGGCGGCCAACCAACAAGCACGUGGCAGACACGCCGUUCAAAUGGAUCAUGCUGGCGGACACGGUCGCGCUUGCGCAGUGCCUCGGCCUCAACCUGGACCCGACCGAUUGGCCGAUACCACAGUGGGAAAAGCGGCUUCGUCGGCGCCUUGCAUGGGCCGUCUUCGUGCAAGACCAGUGGCUCAGCCUGAACUUUGGUCGCAGCUCACACAUCCAGGAAUGUGACUGGGAUGUCUCUUCGCUGCGCGCAGACGAUUUGGGGCCCUCGUCAGAGGCUGACGGCGGUGGAUCCGUUUCAAAGCACUUUCUUGGCCUGGCAUCGCUGACUGAAAUCGUCUCCAAAAUCCAGCGGCACAUAUUCUCGGUCAAAGCAACAAGGGUGCUUUCAAAGUCCCUGGAAGCGACUUUUGAAGUCGCUCGGCCGCUGCGAAUGGAUCUUGCACAGUGGUUGCAAGAUCGCCCAGACGUAGCCGAUCAGCCUUCAACAGGCACACCAUGCCAUGGCUUGGACGGCAACGGCAGCUUGAAGCUGGCCUACAUCACUGCAAAAAUCUCCAUAUUCAAGGCCAUGCUGCGGCCCAACAGCAAUGAAGCUCCGGCCGAGGCCCGCACCGCGUUACGCACGGGAGCGAUGGCCGUUGCUCGAGAGAUGUAUGACUUUUUGGCCAGACUAGAGGCUCAUCAUCUAGAAGCCUUCUGGCAUUCCUAUUCACGCGUCAACUUCGCCAUCGCAAGUAACUUCAUCGUCCUGCUUUUCGCUCUGUCCCCGUCCCUUGCAGACGCCGACGAGUCGUUGACACUCCUGACACAAUGGCGAGGCUUACUGCGGAUUAAGUCUAGGAGCUGCGAUCUGCUCAACCUGAGCCUGCUUCGACUGGAUGCCAUGUUUGUGGCUGGCUUAGGCAAGCUCAUAGAAUUAACACCUGCUGCAUUCGAAGCAGCUUCGAAUCGAAAUUUGUAA